CCUUAGUUUUGAUAGACCACGGCUGCUGCCGCUGCCCUGCAGCUGUGUGUUAGCGGAAGGUCAAAUUUGUUCGAAUCGUUCGAUUUCAGCCUUUUAAAGAUGAUCGGCACCUUAAUUAGAACAGCCGUCGUCCGAUCUGCCCGAUCUCGCAGACCUAUCAUCGUUCCUGUGACUCGCACGAGCAUAAGACACAGCGGCAACGAAGGCAACUGGCUCUACCGUGAGGCGGGCACGCCUGACCCACGGGAUGUUAAGCUUGCAGAAGUCAUCAUGGGUCUGGCAUGGUGGUGGUUCUUCUACCACAUGUUCACGGAGUACGACCACAUCACGGGUCACUUCCUUCGGCCACCGGCAAGCUCAUUUACGGAUGCAGAGCUUGGCAUCCCUCCGGACAGCGAAGGAUAGACGAUGCAUGCCUCUGCCGUAGAUUUUUCUCCCGCCAACAGCUGCACCGGUUGCCGAUAUAGAAUUAAAAACUAUUGUUUCAACGUU